AUGUCCUCUGGUUCUGUCCAUGUCUUUCUGUUCUCGUCGUUGGACUCUAAAAAUCCUUUGACAGCUCGCAAGGUCCACAUUCGCCGUCUCUACGACAUCCUUCAGCUAAGCUUACAGAGGAAUGACUUUCUUCGCGCUAAAAGGGCAUGGGCGGUCCUUGCUCGCUGCAAGGAAAUGAAUUGGAAGUCCAUGUGGACGACAGGACUGGCGCUUCUCGGGGAAGGUGUCGAUAGCGCUUGCACUCCUCGGCGACUCGAUUAUUUGCGCAGUAUGAUGCUACAACACCCAGACGAACGUGAAGCGAUCUUACAAGAGCUCAUAUUUUACCUCGUUCUUUCCGGAAAGUGUAGGGAUGCUCUAGAUGAGCUUGAACUUUAUCUUCCAUGCUUCCCAUAUCAAGACAACCCGGUAUUUCACACAUACGCUGGACUGAUAUCCUUAUACCUGGCCCAACCUACUGCGGAUUCCACCGACUUCAAUACCGCCUUGCUUCGAGACGCUCAAUCUCAUCUUCGGAACGCCCAUACCUUGAAUCCUGAUAAUAUUGUUGCCCCAGCAUUUCUGCAAAAGAUACAUGAUUAUGCCAAAGUUGAGAUGCCCGGGCAAGAUUCCGAAGACGAAAGCGCCGCGGGAACUCACACCACCUCCCUAAGGAAGCGCCCACGAGUCUGA